UGACCUUCCACCGGCCUGUCUCCCAGAAAGAGAGAUUGAGAUCGUGCACGAUGGGCUUCUUUGAUACUUUUACGGACAUUCUGGAGGCGGCGCUGCCGUGGGGUGAGGCUCGGGCGGAGGCUGCUGAGCCGGAGGAGAAGGAUGAUGAGAAGGAAUCUGGAGAGGAAGGCAAGGAAGACGAGGAAUCCAAGGACGAGCCCGAAGAAGCAGAGGAAGAAGAGGAAGAGGACGAGCCAGAGACCGAGGAUCCUAAGGAGAAGUUCGAGGAGGAAUGCAAGGAGUCAAAGCAAUGCUCACCAGCAAAGCACCACUUCGAUGAGUGUGUUGAGCGAGUUACCGGUGCCGAUGAGGGGAAGCCAGUGGACAAGAAGCACCCCAACGAAGACUGUGUUGAAGAAUUCUUCCACUUAGCUCACUGCGCGAACCAGUGCGCUGCACCAAAGCUCUGGGCUGCUCUCAAGUAGAGUCUUUGGCCUUUCAAAUCGACAAUAUCUGCAAUUCAUUGCCCAGACAUAGAUGAUGUGAGAGAUGGGGGAUUGGAGGAUCGUGGUUGUACAAAUUUCUCCCUCGAAUCACCUUUUUUGUACUACCGCAUAAGCAUCCCUUUUGAGCGGUUCUGCAUGUAGUAUAGGAAAAUUCAUAGACGG